GCAAUAAUAUAAUGAUUACUAAAAACAAACAAAAUAACACCGAAAGUAUAGUUUUGUGUGAUUUUGAGUACUCGUGUUAUACAUACCGGGGCUUUGAUUUGGGCACUAUUUUUGCCGAAUGGGGUCGGGGUUUGAAUGAUUUCGCAAAACAACAUGAUUUUCCCGAAGACAGUGUCGUCGAGACUUUGAUUCAACACUAUAUCGACGAAUCGGUCGCUAUUUUUGGACCAAAAUAUGCUGAAAAUAAAAUGAAUUCAACGCAACAAUUGGUGAAAGAGGUGAAACAGUUUACUUUAGCCGCCUAUUUGUUUAUGAUCAUGUUGAUAAUACAAGACCAUGAAGGCGAAGAUGGUCUACCAAUGGAUAAGAAAUUAAUGAUUGGUUUCGCUGAAAUCUGUUUCAAGAAUUAUAUGCAUUUGAAAAAUCAGUUUUUGGCUCAACAGGCUUUUUAAGAAAUGAAUGAACCAGGUGAACAUUGGCUAUCGUAUUUUACAGUAUCAACAUAAAUUC